AACCAAUUAAACUUAACGCCUACUGUUAAUAUUGUAUUUGUGUGAGUCUAAAUUCAUAAAGUGUUCUUGUUUUCUAAGGGCGUGCCCGAAAAGAGGAUAUAUUUGCAAUCAGAUGAAUCCAGGAGGAUUCUAUUGAAUUUUCGAAAACUCAAAAUUGAAGGUUUUGUAAUCAAGGGAUAGAAAUAACUACAAAUAUCGAUGGAUCGGAAUCGUGUAACCCGUUGGGUGGGAAGUAGCCUGUGCCUGACGCUGCUGCUAUUGGCCUUCACGAAACUGGAUAAAGUAAGUGCAUCCGAAGAUGAAGAACGCUUGGUACGUGAUCUCUUUCGUGGGUAUAACAAACUUAUACGACCCGUUCAGAAUAUGACACAAAAAGUUGGAGUAAGAUUUGGUUUGGCGUUCGUACAGCUAAUCAAUGUCAAUGAGAAAAAUCAAAUUAUGAAAUCAAACGUUUGGUUACGUUUGGUUUGGUACGAUUAUCAAUUGCAAUGGGACGAGGCCGAUUAUGGUGGUAUUGGCGUACUGCGUUUGCCGCCCGAUAAGGUUUGGAAACCGGAUAUUGUGUUGUUCAAUAAUGCUGACGGCAACUACGAAGUACGCUACAAGUCCAAUGUUCUCAUCUAUCCCACGGGUGAAGUGCUCUGGGUUCCGCCUGCAAUCUAUCAGAGCUCAUGCACCAUCGACGUCACCUAUUUCCCGUUUGACCAACAGACGUGUAUCAUGAAAUUUGGUUCGUGGACCUUCAACGGCGAUCAAGUGUCGUUAGCACUGUACAACAACAAAAAUUUCGUCGAUCUAUCCGACUAUUGGAAAUCCGGUACAUGGGACAUUAUCGAAGUUCCGGCCUAUCUAAACGUCUAUGAAGGUGACGGUAAUCAUCCAACCGAGACGGAUAUCACUUUUUACAUCAUCAUACGCCGCAAAACUUUGUUCUAUACAGUGAAUUUGAUCUUGCCUACUGUGCUAAUCUCAUUCCUAUGCGUCUUAGUAUUCUAUCUGCCUGCUGAGGCUGGCGAAAAGGUAAUAUCCAACCAUUCUGUAUUUACAUACAUAUACACUGCCCACAUUCCCCAAAUUUUUCUAUACAUCGCAUUUAACAUAAAUAUUUUUGUUUCUAGUGCGAUUGGUGGCAAGCAAUCCAAAAUGGAGGUUAUGGAGCUCUCUGAUUUGCACCAUCCCAAUUGCAAAAUAAACCGUAAAGUAAAUAGUGGUGCUGAAUUAGGAGGAAUCGGCGACCAAUGCAGGCGAGAGAGUGAGUCAUCGGAUUCGAUAUUGCUAUCACCCGAAGCUAGCAAAGCCACCGAAGCAGUGGAAUUUAUAGCUGAGCAUUUGCGAAACGAGGAUCUCUACAUUCAAACCCGCGAGGACUGGAAAUAUGUGGCCAUGGUAAUUGAUCGUCUUCAACUAUACAUCUUUUUCAUUGUUACCACUGCCGGCACAGUAGGUAUACUAAUGGAUGCGCCACAUAUAUUCGAGUAUGUAGACCAAGACCGCAUCAUCGAAAUUUAUAGAGGAAAGUAGACGAGAAAUUCAUCACAAGAAAAAAAAAGCAAAAUGCAAUGCAAAAAUUCAUAAUUGACAGUGCGGGUGUUUGCACUAAUCCGUUGUUAGUGAAUAAGCGAUUAAGCAAAUCAUAUUCAUUGGAAUCAAAUACACGUACAUAAGUACGAAAGUAAUAAAAGGCCAAUUAAAAAAAUAUUUCCAAGCUACUAUUGCUCAGCAAGCGACAACUCA